AAUUAGUAUAGCCGGUCACGUGGUUGGAAGCCGGUCCCGAAUCACGCCGUAAUUUUGCCAUCUGUUCCAAAUUUCUGCCAAAAUAUGGCUCAUUUCACACAACCUACGAUUGCUGACAAUGCUGAUGGUUGGGGACCUGCUGGGGUACCUGAUGAAUUUAAAGAUAUGCCCUACCAACCCUUUUCUAAGGGAGAUCGGUUGGGAAAGGUGUCUGAUUGGACUGGCACACUUUAUCAAGACAGGAGAGCAAUCAAUAAGUACCAAUCUCAGUUUGGUGCUGGCAGUCAGUAUGCCUACUACCAUGAAGAGGAUGAGAGCUCCUUUCAGCUUGUGGACACUGCCAAGGUUUUGAAGCCAGCCUAUCAGAGAGGCAGGAACAAGUUCAACCAGAACAAGCAGCGUAGAGAACGUGAGAGGCGUGCCCAGCAGGCCCAGGCUAAGAUGGAAGUGCUCUCCAAGACACAGAAAACUAGGGAAAGGGAUCGUCAGAGGCAGUUGAGGAAACUCCAGAAACAAUUUGGAAAGCAACUACAGGAUAAUAACAAGAGGUUUAACGUUAGGACUCGUGAAGCCUCUGUGCAAGUGCGUGAUACUUGGGAGGUAUUGGAGGAGUUGGACUUCCCACGUUUGGCAAAACUCUCUCUGCCUGACAUCACUGAGCCUAAGGACUUGUUGAAGGCCGGUUCAGUAGAAUACUAUGACAAGGUGUACGACCGAGUUAGCACCAAGAAUGAGAAGCAGUUGAGCAGAAUCAAUAGGGUUUUCCAUAAAGUCACCACCACAGAUGACCCCGUCAUCAGGAAGCUUGCUAAGACCCAUGGCAAUGUGUUUGCCACUGAUGCCAUCCUGGCCACCAUCAUGUGCUGUACUAGGUCAUCCUAUUCCUGGGAUAUUGUUGUCCAAAGAGUUGGAAAGAAGCUCUUCUUGGAUAAGAGGGAUGAAUCUGAUUUUGAUCUGUUGACUGUGAGUGAGACUGCCAUCGAACCACCCCAAGAUGAGGGCAACAGUAUAAACUCACCGAGGAAUUUAGCAUUGGAGGCAACAUUUAUCAAUCAUAACUUCUCACAGCAGGUUUUAAAAACGGGAGAGGAUACAGAAAGAUUAUCGUUUGAGCACAAAAAUCCAUUUGUGCAGGAAGGAGAUCAAACCCAGGUGGCGUCUGUAGGAUAUAAAUAUCGUAAAUGGGAUAUUGGAAACGGUAUAGAACUGGUUUGUCGGUGUGAGCAUGAUGCGGUGAUGAUAGGGCCUAAUGGAGAGCUUCAAUUUGCUAACAUCAAAACAUUGAAUGAAUGGGAUUGUCGGUACUCCGGUGGAGUGGAUUGGCGGGCUAAGCUGGACAACCAGAGGGGAGCUGUCCUGGCAACUGAGUUGAAAAACAACAGUUGUAAACUUUCCAAGUGGACUGUCUGCGCCCUCUUGGCUGGCUCUGACCAACUCAAGUUUGGCUAUGUGUCUCGGUACCAUAACCGUGACUCGGCGAACCACGUGAUCCUUGGUACCCAGCAGUUCAAGCCUGCUGAGUUUGCCAACCAGAUUAACUUGAACAUGGACAAUGCAUGGGGUAUCCUGAGGUGUAUCGUCGACAUGUGCAUGAAGCUGGAUGAAGGAAAGUACCUCAUUCUAAAGGAUCCCAACAAGCCUGUUGUGCGUAUUUACAACAUCCCGGACAGCACGUUUGAGUCUGACGAAGAUGAGUCUGAUGAGUCAGAGGAGGAGGAGGAGGAUGAAGAAGGAGAUGAGGCAUCGAAAAAUCAGAAUGAGGGACCAUAGUUAGUAAAUAUAUUACGACUAAUGUACAGCCCUGCUGCAGCCUUGUGGAUGAGACUGCUGCAUCAUCGCGGCUGUUAUAGAUCAUCUGGGUUAGGAUUCAACCUUUGGGUCAUAUUUAUUAUAAACUUUGGGAUGGUAAAAGUGUUUUUUUAAAGGACGAUAUGGCAUGCAAUAUCAACAAUGUAAGACAGGAGAAGUCCUGAUAUUGUCAUCAAAAUGUACCUGUAUUCGUACUCUUUUUCAAAAUCGUAUGUCAUCAGAAUGUGGACAGAACUGUCUUAUCCAGAUUAAUCAUGUUAAUGGUGUUCUUGUGAGAUUACAAGCCCAAGUUACUGAUAUGAGUAUUCUUUGUUGAGCUGUCUCACAUAAUGCUAAUGGUAUUCAGGUGUCGAGAUCAGUCCCUGGUUGUAUUCUGAAGUCAAUUAAAUUCCUUGAUU